AGAGAGUGCAUAUGAAACAUUUAAAAAGUACAGGCUCAUAUGGGCUUUUACUUUCUUUUCGGUCUCGUUUCAUCUUAAUCAUUAGCCCACACAUCCAAGAAAUCAGGCAGCAGCCGUAUCCCGAGCAGGGUGGGCCUCCAACACGGCCCAUAAACCAUGCAAUCAUCGAGCAAAACAACACAGACCACCGUGUUCUUUCUUCAAUGUUUGUUUUUUUCCCCCUACUCCAUCUGCCUCUGUGAGCAAACAAGAAAUCCUAACUUUUUCCUUCCUCUCGGUGUCCACCUCAGGUCCAGAAUGUUCCAGGAACUUCACCUCCAGCAGUGGAGUCAUCAAGUCGCCGGGUUUUCCAGAGAAGUACCCCAACAACCUGGAUUGCACGUUCAUGAUCUUUGCUCCUAAGAUGUCGGAGAUCGUUCUGGAGUUCGAGAGCUUUGAGCUGGAGCCAGACACGCAGCCACCCACUGGAGUGUUCUGCCGCUACGACCGCCUGGAGAUUUGGGACGGCUUCCCUGGAGUUGGUCCAUACAUUGGCAGAUACUGUGGACAAAAUACUCCAGGACGGAUCAUAUCCUACACUGGAAUCUUGGCUUUGACAAUCAACACAGACAGUGCUAUUGCAAAAGAGGGAUUCUCAGCUAAUUUUACUGUGCUGGAAAGGACAGUCCCAGACGACUUUGACUGCACUGAGCCUUUGGGUAUGGAAACUGGGGAAAUCCAUUCCGACCAAAUCAUGGCCUCAUCCCAGUACAACCCCAGCUGGUCUCCAGAACGAUCUAGACUCAACAACCCUGAGAACGGUUGGACCCCUGCGGAGGACUCAAACAAAGAAUGGAUCCAGGUUGAUCUUGGAUUCCUGCGCUUUGUCUCGGCGAUCGGCACACAGGGAGCCAUCUCUCAAGAGACCAGCAAGAGAUACUAUGUGAAGUCCUACAAGGUGGAUGUAAGCUCAAACGGAGAAGACUGGAUAACUAUUAAGGAUGGCCCAAAACAGAAGAUUUUCCAAGGGAACACCAACCCUACUGAUGCAGCGAAAGCCAUGUUCCCCAAGCCCACGUUGACGCGAUAUCUCCGGAUCCGACCCUACUCCUGGGAGACCGGCAUCGCCCUGCGCUUCGAGGUGUAUGGAUGCAAAAUCUCAGAGUACCCAUGUUCUGGAAUGCUGGGAAUGGUCUCAGGCUUUAUCGCAGACUCUCAGAUCACAGUUUCGUCCCACACCGAGCGCACAUGGGUCUCAGAGAAUGCCCGUCUUCUGACCAGCCGUUCGGGAUGGACGUUGUUGCCGCAGCCCCAGCCGUAUGUGGAUGAGUGGCUGCAGAUAGAUCUGGGUGAGGAGAAACUGUUCAGAGGGUUGAUCAUCCAGGGAGGCAAACACCGUGAUAACAAGGUAUUCAUGAAGAAGUUUCGGCUGGGCUACAGCAACAAUGGAUCUGACUGGAAAAUGGUGAUGGAUGCUACUGGCAACAAGCCCAAGAUAUUUGAGGGGAAUUUGAACUAUGACACGCCAGCGUUGAGGACGGUGGAGCCUAUAUUGACACGCUUUGUUAGGGUGUACCCAGACAGAGCCACUCCUGCUGGGAUGGGACUUAGAUUGGAACUCCUGGGCUGUGAAACGGAAGUUCCCACAGUGCCCCCUACUACACCCGCGUCCUCCACCGCGCCAUCAGACGAGUGUGAUGAUGACCAGGCCAACUGCCAUAGUGGAACAGGUGAUGACUACGACCAGACAGGUGGAACCGCUGCGCCAGAGACGACCACAGAGACGAGCACCGUUCCAGCGUUCCUGUGGUUUGCCUGUGACUUUGGCUGGGCCAGUGAUCCUUCAUUCUGUGGCUGGAUGUCAGAGGACAGCGGUUUCAGGUGGCAGAUCCAGUCCAGCGGCACCCCGACUCUAAACACCGGCCCAAACAUGGACCACACUGCGUUCCUGUGGUUUGCCUGUGACUUUGGCUGGGCCAGUGAUCCUUCAUUCUGUGGCUGGAUGUCAGAGGACAGCGGUUUCAGGUGGCAGAUCCAGUCCAGCGGCACCCCGACUCUAAACACCGGCCCAAACAUGGACCACACUGGUAAGAAUAAAACUGCACCGAAUUAA